AUGAAUUUGACAAACCUAAAGUCACUGAUACAAGUAUUACCGGUGGUUCCUUCAAUUGGCAAACCAGAAGACAAAGAUACUAAAGACGUUCAACCAAUAUCGAAACCAGAAGACAAACCCAAAUCUCCUCUAGACAUUGCUAAGCCUGUUUCUCAUUUGUACCCUUCUGAUGAAUCUGAAGAUGAAUUUGAUAAACCUAAGGUUACUGAUGUAAAACAAGUAUCGCCGGUGGUUCCAUCUAUUGGCAAACAAGAAGAUAAAGAUACUAAAGACGUUCAACCAAUAUCGAAACCAGAUGAGAAACCGAAAUCUCGUCUAGGCAUUCCUAAGCCUGUUUCUCAUUUGUACUCUUCUGAUGAAUCUGAAGAAGAACUGCAGAAACCUAAGGUCACUGAUGUAAAACAAGUAUUACCGACAUUGCUAAGCCUCUUUCUCAUUGGUACUCUUCUGAUGAAUCUGAAGAUGAAUUUGAUAAAUCUAACGUCACUGAUUCCUUCAAUUGGCAAACCAGAAGAUAAAGAUACUAAAGACGUUCAACCAAUUUCGAAACCAGAUGAGAAACCAAAAUCUCCUCUAGACAUUGCUAAGCCUGUUUCUCAUUUGUACUCUUCUGAUGAAUCUGAAGAAGAAUUUGAUAAACCUAAGGCCACUGAUGUAAAACAAGUAUUACCGAUAGUUCCGCCAAUUAGCAAACCAGAAGACAAAGAUACUAAAGACGAUCAACCAAUUUCUGAACUAGAACAGAAACCAAAAUCGCCUGUUUCUCAUUUGUACUCUUCUGAUGAAUCUGAAGAUGAAUUUGAUAAACCUAAGGUCACUGAUGUAAAACAAGUAUUACCGGUGGUUCCUUCAAUUGGCAAACCAGAAGAUAAAGAUACUAAAGACGUUCAACCAAUUUCGAAACCAGAUGAGAAACCAAAAUCUCCUCUAGACAUUGCUAAGCCUGUUUCUCAUUUGUACUCUUCUGAUGAAUCUGAAGAAGAGUUUGAUAAACCUAAGGUCACUGAUGUAAAACAAGUAUUACCGAUAGUUCCGCCAAUUAGCAAACCAGAAGACAAAGAUACUAAAGACGAUCAACCAAUUUCUGAACUAGAACAGAAACCAAAAUCGCCUGUUUCUCAUUUGUACUCUUCUGAUGAAUCUGAAGAUGAAUUUGAUAAACCUAAGGUCACUGAUGUAAAACAAGUAUUACCGAUAGUUCCGCCAAUUAAAGACAAACCAAAAUCUCCUCUAAACAUUGAUGAGCGUUCUGAACAAUCUGAAGAAGAAUGUGACGAACCUAAGGUGCCUGAGGUGAAGCAUCUGCUUCGGCCCUUACUGUCGGUAGUUUCUGGUACUGAUAUGACUAGUAGCGAAGAAGUACCAUCUGAAAAUGAACGGUGUCAGUUGUCGACGGACCUAUCAUACAGCCGAGAAAUUUUAGACUCAUGUAGUAGUUUAGAUAGUUUAGAAAGAUCAGCUGUACGGAAUGCAGACUUGCGAAAUGAAAGAGGUGUUGCUUAUUUUGUAAAUUUGGAUGAAGGAAAGGAAGCUCCUAAGCAGAAUAGUGUAAAGUUGAAGAAAGCUUUAGUUAAUAAGAAACUUAUUAGGGAAGAGAAGAAAACUUACGCGUCUUCAACAAGAAUUCAAACUAGGGCUACCGCCAGGAAGUCGAAAACUGAGAAAAUUCAUGCGACACCUGCUGGUGAAGAUACUCCGAAGAAAGUUAUUUAUGUUAAAGAGAGAGAAGAUGUGCCGAGGAGCCAGAAAAGGCAGUUGCAAAAUAAAAAUGAAGUCUCUAAAUUGUCUACUGUAAAAUGUGCACCAAGCCAACCCGAUAGAUCUUCAAGUCUUCGUUCGCAAACAGUCAAUGUUGGUUUAAGCGAAGACAACUCACGUAGCCGAUCAACGACACCAAGGCCGAGAACUCGAACUGAUGUGACCGCAAUGCCGUAUAAUGCGACACUAAGAACGUUCAGUCCAACACCUAGCCGUCCAAAGGCCGACUAUUCUCAUGUAACUAGCGUUUACGCGCAAACCCACAAAUAUGAUAAGAAGACCACUACAAAGAAAACCAAAACAAGGACAAUCACGAAAUCUUCCGAACCAACAGGUGAAGAUGCUCAAAGAAAGCGGCUAACUACACCUACCUCAACUGUGAUGCACAGAUACAUGCAGCCUACUUUGGCACACAGCCUGCGAUACGGACAUACACAGUCCACGUUAAAACAGAUAGACACAGCUUCGGAUAUCACGUUGAGAACAAAGUCACCGGGACCAGCGGUGUUACAACCAAAAGGUAAGCAGUAUAAUACUCCCACCACUACUACUACUGAUGCACAAAGACGAUAUGUACGCAAUCUAUCCAAAGAGGAGAAAACACUGAAUUUUAAAAGUAGUUUGACGAAUUUAAAAAAGGACUCACUCACUAAUAGCAAGGAGUCCAUAAAAAGCACUGAAAAACUGUAUCAUAGAAAAAGUAAUGUAAACAAGCCAAAAGCUGUGAUAGCACAUAGCGAAUCCAUAACCGAUAAAUCAAUGCCCCCGAAAUCAAGUAAGGAAAUGAGUAAUGUAUUGAAUAAGUCAAAUCAAAGUAAACUAAAGCACAAAAUUAACAGACCAAAGGAAAACGCAAAAUUAGAUGUGUCCACCGGCAGAACGCCUAGAAGUGUAACACGAGACAGCUCAGAAGAAACGAAAGUACUAAUACGAAAUGAAAGGACCCAACAUCGGUCGAAGGUUCCCAUUAGCGUAUCUUCCAAUGUAACAACUCGAAGAAUAACUAAAACCACUAGAACAGAAAGUAACUUGAACGACAUUACUAAAACAGGUAAUGGCACAAAUAAAACAGAACAACCGAAAAAGAGAUUUCAAACUAGAAAGAGUGAUGUGAAAGUGCAAAAGAAAAUUAAAGAUUCUCUAAAUGAGUCCAGCAUGACAGGCAGCGGCAAUACUAGUGCCAGUGGCUCAUUGAGUAGCGUACGUAAGUAUACGCGCACCACUACAAAUAUAAAAAAGCUGGAUAAAGAUGUGGCUAACCUGCGUUUGGCAGAGCAGUCUGUACUUACCACAUCGAAAUUAUCCAAGAUACCAGCCGUACCCACACGCACCACGGUGGUAAAAGUUAGCCAAGAGCCGGUAGCUGCUGCUAUCGUCAGUACAGUUAUAAUUGAUGACGAUGCGGAAAUAACGCGCUCCUUUAAAUCCACGGAGAGUACAAAAAGUUCUACCUCAUCUUCUGGAAGCAGAAAAGUUUUAACAAGUGAAGUUUUUACCAAAACAUUUGGGCCAGAUAAAGCUUUCGAAGUUAUUUAUCGACAACCAGAUACCGACAUGGAUUCCACAUCCAUUGUCCGGCCACCAUCAACAGAUCAACGUUGUACAAACGAGUUUGAUGUUAGUUUCAUUGAUACAACCGAUUCCAGUUUGUCCGAUUCAGUUGCAUUGCCAAUGUUUAAUACCGAACAAGAUCGCUUAUUAGCCGCAAGUCCAGGCUCACCAAAACCAACACGUAGUCCACUAGCCUUAAUCGAAGAAACUCUGCGACGGCAGCAAGCCGGUUAUGCUGUGGAUCCCGCGCUACAAAUGCAAUUCAGUGCCUCUGGCAUACGUAUGGGAAGUAUAAGCCCGACAUCAUCGCGCAAUUCUCGAUCGGACCAGAACGAAACGCCUAAAGGUAAAUAA